AUGGCAGACGACUGGACACUUCUCCUUCCCCGAGCUUCAGACUUUCUUUGGUCACCUUACGGCUACAUCCCAACCGAAUAUGUUUGCAUCAUAUUCAUCGUGCUCUUCGGGAUCUCAACUUUUGCUCAUACGGUAGAAGCUGUCCUUCUGCGUACGUGGUGGCUACUACCUACCGCUUGCCUUGCUGGGGCGUUGGAAGUCCUCGGAUGGGCCGGUCGACUGUGGUCGAGUGACAAUAUUACCGGCGUCCAACCGUUUCAAAUCCAAAUUACUGCGACAAUCCUUGCGCCCACACCGCUCGUUGCAGCCAACUUCAUCAUCUUGGGCAGGAUCAUCGCGAGACUUGGGCCGACCUACAGCCGUCUCAGCCCCAAAUGGUACACGAUCGUCUUCCUGUCUUGCGAUAUCAUUGCGUUGAUCGUACAAGGUAUCGGUGGCGGAAUGGCAUCAUCGGCGGCGGGUAGUGGUCGAGAUCCUUCAUUGGGUGGAAGAGUCAUGUUGGGUGGUAUCGCCUUCCAAUUAGUGGCUAUUGCCGUCUACGCUGUUUGCGCUCUGGAGUUCUACUUGAGAUACCUGUGGGAUCGCCCAUUGCACUCCGUGCCUAAACCGAUACAUGGCGACCAGGACGCCACUAGAGGCCCAUUUACCAACCGCCUGAAGUUCAUGAGCGUUGGUCUGGCUUUCAGCACAUUAUGCGUGUUUAUCCGAUCAAUAUAUCGGACGAUCGAGCUUGCGGAUGGUUGGGGAGGCCGUAUAAUCACAACUGAGGUGUACUUUAACGUCCUCGACGGGGCUAUGAUUGUACUUGCGAUGUAUACCCUCAACGUAGCCAAUCCCGGCUUCUUGCUAUCAGAAGCCAAGCUUGAAGACGCGCCCAGUGUGAAAGAAGAGAAAUGA